AUGGCUUCCUUUCUUCUCUCUAGAAUCUGCCGCAAUGCCCUCAUCUUAUCUUCAGUCCUGACCCUUGCCCAAGGCCAGCAGAUUGGGACUUACCAGACCGAAACCCAUCCCUCCAUGACCUGGCAGACCUGCAGUGACGGCGGCAGUUGCAGCACCAAGCAAGGCUCCAUUGUCCUCGAUGCCAACUGGCGUUGGGUCCACCAAACUGGAAGCUCUAGCAAUUGCUACACUGGUAAUAAAUGGGACACUUCCUACUGCAGCACCAAUGACGCUUGUGCCCAGAAAUGUGCCCUAGAUGGUGCCGACUACUCCAAUACUUACGGUAUCACCACCAGCGGCAGCGAGGUCCGCCUCAAUUUCGUCACCAACUCCAACGUCGGUUCUCGUGUCUACAUGAUGGCCGACGAUACCAAUUACGAGGUUUACAAACUGCUGAACCAAGAGUUUACCUUCGAUGUGGACGUCUCCAAGCUUCCAUGUGGUCUUAAUGGCGCUUUGUACUUCGUCGUAAUGGACGCCGAUGGAGGUGUUUCCAAGUAUCCAAACAACAAAGCCGGCGCGAAGUACGGCACUGGUUACUGUGACUCUCAAUGCCCACGGGAUAUCAAGUUUAUCCAGGGACAAGCCAAUGUCGAAGGCUGGGUACCGUCAACCAACAAUGCCAAUACAGGCAUUGGAAACCAUGGCUCCUGCUGCGCAGAGCUGGACAUAUGGGAGUCCAACAGCAUUUCGCAGGCUCUCACUCCUCACCCAUGCGAUACGGCCACCAACACUUUAUGCACUGGAGAUGCCUGCGGUGGCACAUACAGUUCCGACCGCUACGGUGGGACGUGUGAUCCUGACGGCUGCGACUUUAACCCAUAUCGUGUGGGCAACACCACCUUCUAUGGUCCGGGUAAGACAAUUGACACCAACAAACCGAUGACAGUCGUGACGCAGUUUAUCACCGAUGACGGUACCUCCAGCGGCACCUUGACUGAGAUUAAACGGUUUUACGUGCAAGACGGCGUCACAUACCCCCAGCCCAGCGCAGACGUCAGUGGUCUCAGCGGCAACACCAUCAACUCGGAGUUCUGCACCGCAGAAAACAGCCUGUUCGACGGCUCGGGUAGCUUCGCGAAACACGGUGGGCUCGCCGGCAUGGGCGAAGCCAUGUCGACUGGAAUGGUGCUGGUCAUGAGCUUGUGGGAUGAUUACUACGCCAACAUGCUCUGGCUUGACAGCAACUACCCCACCGACGAGUCCACCAGUAAGCCCGGCGUGGCCCGUGGAACCUGCGCCACGUCCUCUGGUGUUCCUAGCGAGGUUGAAGCCUCCAACCCUAACGCCUAUGUGGCCUAUUCAAACAUUAAAGUUGGCCCUAUCGGCUCCACUUUCAAGAGCUGA